AUGGGCAAGAAGGACGGUGAAAGUAAGCCUAGAGGGCGCAUGUCCUCAUAUGCAUUCUUCGUUCAGACUUGUCGAGAGGAGCACAAGAAAAAGCAUCCUAAUGACACAGUGGUGUUUGCAGAAUUCACAAAGAAAUGUGCAGAGAAAUGGAAGGAAAUGACCCCAAAAGAAAAGAAGAGGUUUGAAGACAUGGCAGAGAGAGACAAGUCAAGGUAUGAGAAGGAGAUGUCUUCUUAUGUACCCGCUGGAGGCCAGGCAAAGAAGAGGAAGAGGACAAAGGAUCCCAAUGCACCAAAGAGAGCUCUGUCUGCAUUUUUCUUUUUCUGUGCUGAGGAAAGGCCGAAUGUUCGGGCAGCUAACCCAGGUAUUGGUGUAGCCGAUGUGGCGAAGGAGCUGGGAAAGAAAUGGGAAGUUUGUCCCAACAAACCAAAGUUUGAACAGUUGGCAGCUGAAGAUAAAGCAAGAUAUGAAAGG